AUGGAAUUCCACCAUAGAAAGCUCUUAAUAGAAUCAAGGAACUUAAACCUUUCAGAGGUCUGCCUAUCAUCCUGUGAUUCAGAAAAAAAUGUUUCUGGAUUUUGUCUCUCACCAUGUUUGACUUUCUGUCCUGACAUCUGCCACUCUUCUAUCAUAUCUGGAUAUGAUGAAACAAAAAAAUCCAAUAAUUCCUACACCUUCGUGGCUGUUGCAUCAUCUUUGAUUGUAGCCACUUUUCUUGUUGGUUUGUAUGUUUUCUAUGUAAAGUACUAUUCAACCAGGAGAAGAUCACAACCACAACAGCAACCUUUAUCAGAGGAGACCCAUGAUGACUAUAUAGAUGAAGAUCAUGGGCCGGUGCUUGACCACCCCAUCUGGUACAUCAACACCAUCGGUCUCCAGCAAUCGAUUAUCAGUUCGAUCACGGUAUGUCAGUACAAGAGAGGUAAUGGUCUUGUUGAAGGUACAGAGUGUUCUGUGUGCUUGAGUGAGUUUCAAGAAGAUGAGACUUUGAGACUUUUGCCUAAAUGCAAUCAUGCUUUUCAUGUUCCUUGUAUUGAUACAUGGCUUAGAUCCCAUACCAACUGCCCCAUGUGUCGGGCACCGAUCGUCAAACCCUUGGCAACCCCUACACCUGAACCAAAUCUUGCUGUCAGUUCAAUUCCAGAAGAAGAAACCCAGGUGGAGAUUUUGGAAAAUAUUGGUGAAUCUAGUGAAGAAAUGGGAGAGGAAAUUUGUGAGAUUAGAAUUGAAACAGAGGAAAACAGAGAGGUGAUUGGAAAGGGGAGAGAUGAAAUCCCAAUUGAAGAGGUCAACGGACUAGUGGAGCCAAGAAGGUCGGUUUCCAUGGAUUGUUUAUCAGCUUCAAAGAUCAGUCUGGAGCUUUCUAAUCUCCCUGCAGUGGAAUCUGAAAGGAAUUCAAAUACCAAAUUGGUUGCGGUAAAUAAAUUAAAUAGGGAAAUUGUUCCCAGGAAGACUGGUGGAAAUCAGAAGUUGCAAAGACAGAAGGGCAGUUCUUCAAAAGGGAGGUCUCUGCAAAAUGUUCCUCUUACUAUGAAGAGGUCAUCUUCCUGCAAUGGGAAAGUCUUGUUCUGCAGGGAUGUUCAAAACAGUGACUCAGUUUCCCAAUUGAGGAGCUUUUGA